GCGUCGUCCCGUCGCUACGGCCGCGGCGGGGGUGGCUGCGCGCACGCGCACUCCUCCGUGCCCCCCGGCCGCGCUCUCCCCGCGGUCUGAGCGUGCCCCCGCGCCGGGCUGGGCGGCGGUGAGCGCGGCCGCGGAAGCGGCAUCCUUCUGUCACGCACACCUUGCACAGAAAGGUCUUCAGCUGGUAUACGUUCAGAGGUCUUCCCGGAGGUACACCCGUAUUCCAUACGGAGCCUGGCGGAACAUCCCUUAUCUGCUCAGUGCCAAGACACAGACCCUUCCCGUUAUCUAAGAAAACGACAAAGUUGUCCACGAAGGGACACAGCAAGCUGCAACUUGCAUCGAGUGCGCUGAGCGUGGGCGGCUGGAGGAACGUGGUUGUGGAGAAGAGUGACCCACAAGACUGCUGAUGGGUACAGGGGUGUCCUUACAGCCAAGCAGGAAGACUUAGAGGAGGUGGGGAAUCUUGGCCUGUUGGAGACAGCAGAGCAAAAGCAGAGAGGGGAUGCGUGCAGCCCGCUGGCUUGUCAGCAUGUGUGCUGAAAGGGCCAAGUUCUUGGUGAGAGCUUCCUACCUGGAGAUUUACAAUGAGGACACGCGAAACCUUCUAGGAGCUGAUACCAAGCAGAAGUUGGAGCUGAAGGAGCACCCGGAGUAGGGGGUGUGCGUGGAGGGGCUUUCCCCACCCCCUGUGCACAGCGCGGUGCAGCGUGAGUGGAUCGUGGAGGCAGGCUGGAGGAACACCCUGAUGAACAAGGACUCUUCCUGCUCCAUCUUUAUGGAAAUCUGCACUGUAGAUGAGAGAAGGCAGGACCACCUUAGUGCCACAAAACUUAAUGUAGUGGACCUGGCAGGAAGCGAGAGACAGUCCAAAACUGGAGCUACAGGGGAGCGGUUCAAAGAGGCCACCAAAAUCAGCCUUUCCCUCUCUGCUCUGGGCAAUGUCAUCUCAGCUCUGGUUGAUGACAGAUACAAACAAUUCCCUUGCUGUGACUCCAAGCUGACCAGGCUGCUGCAAGGCUCCCUGGAAGGGAAUACCAAGGCCCCGAUGGUAGCAUGCUUGUAUUCAGCUGGCAACAACUAUGAUGAAAGCCUCAGUACUUUGUGCUACGCGACAAAAAACAUCAAGAACAAGCCCUAUAUCAAUGAGGACCCCAAGGAUGAUCUGCUGAGGGGUCAGGAGGAGGUUAAGAAAUUGAAGGCCAUUCUAGCUGAACAGAUUAAUGUGAAUAACUUAUCAGUUAGGAAAACCUCAGCAAUUUCACCUCACCCAUUGCAGGAGCAGGUCUCCAUUCCAGGAAACCAACCCCUCCUCCAACCCCAGUUAGAUGUUGAAGCAGAGAAGCAGCUGAUCACAGAAAAGAAUGGGGAGACGCUGGCCCAACCAAAGGCCAGCUAUGAAGUGGAGCAGAAGUCCUGUGCCCACCUUGAAGAGGUUAUCAGUAACCUGAGGAGCUGCUAUGGUCACAAGCUGUCUGCCCUCGAGGAGAACCUCAGGAAGGAAGCAGAUGUGGAUCUACUCAGGACAGCAAAUCUCCCGAGGAGUCACUAUUUCUGUAUGGUGUUGUCUCAAGCAUCAUUCAGAUACGGAAGCACAUCAUUCACAGCUACACAAAUGUUUCUUUGUAAUGCUCAGCCAAGAGAAGCACUUGUGUUUGCCAGGUUGCAGAUACUAGAACAGCAAGUGUUUAGGGGGGAGCAGGCUGAAAACAAGGACCUCAAGGAGAAGCACAAAGCCAGAAAAAAAAUUACAGAUGAGCAGAGGAUGCAGCUAGUGACUGUGCUGCAGAAAUCCAGUGAUGACAGCAGCAACUGGAUUCUGCUUGAUGUAUACGACUCCAUCCAGGAGGAGGUUUGAGCCAGAUGCAAACUUCUGGAGAAGAUGCAGAAGAAGCUGCGAGCUGCCGAGAUGGAGAUCAAAAAUCUGCAGUCAGAGUAUGAGCUGGAAAAGAUUGAUUAUUUCAGCACCAACCGCUGUCUGGAGCAAGACAUGAUGCUCCUCCAGGACAGGUUGCAGUCCCUUGUCCAGCAGGACUGCAACUACAGCACUCUGGAGAAGAUCCAGCGUGAGCCUGUCUGGGAUGAGGAGUCUGGCUGCUGGAAAAUUCCAGAGCCUGUAAUUCCAAAAAAACGCCUGCCCGCAGUUCCAGCACUGCCACAGCCUAACCCUGCCAGAAAGAACCCUUUGGCUGAGAGUGAAGAACCAGCCCUAAGCUGUAUUUGUCCUGCCGGGGCUCUGAGAAGUCAUGCUGGGCCAUGGCGGGGGACAGGGCUGGGCGCUGCGGGCAGGGAGCGGGCUGCCCAGGCACGUGCUCAGCUGGUGCCAGCCAGCAGCUUCAGCAAAGGAGCCCUGAAGACCUAUGUCAAGCAGGAACUGCCCCUUUUAGUUUUCCUAAAAUCUCUCGUUUUAGGCAAUUCACUUCCUUCUGGGAGCAGAAUUGCUUUUAUUGCUGUAAGUUUACAUUGCUUGCAGCUGCUGGGGAGGGCUUUACCCAAACUGGGCUGGGCCACGUCCCUGCCACACGAAUCUCGCUGUCGCACUGUGCUCACGAUACGAUGCUUUUCAUCGUAUUUUGCUGUAUUUCUAAGCCUUAACGUGUGAUAAUCAGGUGCCUGGGGCUGCUGGAGGACGUGUUCCGCUCGAAAGAUGCCGGCCACACACCUCCAUU